AUGUUUUUUGCUAGUUUUGUUCCGGCAAUAUCGUUUGGUGGUUUAAUGGGGACUUACACUGAUGAAACAAUGGGGACAAUUGAAACUUUAUUUGCCCAAUGCAUUUGUGGAGUUAUUUGGGGGUUAUUUUCUGCACAACCACUCCUUAUUAUGAGUGCUACAGGCCCUGUACUUAUUUUUGAAGCUAGUCUUUACAAUUUUUGUGCAGCAUUACAUUUAGACUUUUUGAGUGUUCGAUUUUAUGCUGGCCUUUUUAUUUUUCUUAUAGCAACUUGUAUUUCGGCAUUAGAUGGGGCUCGUCUUUUAGUUUAUGUUACUCGAUUUACUGAAGGUAAAUGGAAGGGAAAAGCUUUUUAA